UUGUGUACACGUUACGUGCGUUGCGAAUUGUAAGUGUAAAUUGUUAAUUGAAUUUUUAUUAAUUGCUGAACUAAUCUCGAAUAGAAUAAGUACAAUAAUGUCACAAGGCGGUGGCACACCAUCAACGAGCAAUCCAACCAUUCUGCAUGGCGGCAAGGUCUUCAUACAACGGGACUAUAGCGAUGGCACCUCAGUGAAGUUUCACACUAGGCUACCCCCAGAGCUCGAUGGCAUGAUUGAAAGGCACGUCUUUGAGGCGACAAUUAACAGGCUUAACGAAUUUUAUGCCGAGGCAGAGGAGGGCUCGUGCAGCACCUACUGCGAGGGCUGUAUAGGUUGUAUAACAGCGUACUUGAUAUAUAUGUGUUCCGAGACACAUUACGAAAAGACGCUGCGUAAGAUUUCCAAAUUUGUUGCUUCCCAAAAUGAACGCAUUUACAAUCCAAAGGGUCUGCAAUUGAUCGAUCCAACCUUUCGUGGUCUUCGCGUUAUAGAGAUAACCAUAUUUGAUCGUCCGGGGCGAACGUGACUUCCGCUUUCACAUUCAGCCAAUGAGUUUUUCAUGUGAGGCAUCUGCUGUCUCGCAGAACAGCCAACAUCUGUAUCAACAACAA